UUUCUCUUAAGCCCUAGGAGCCUCUUCUCUUAAGCCUUUUCUCUCCUCCGUAGCCAGCCACCAGUACCACCGUGAACUUCUAUUUGGAAUCAAAUUUCGCUUAAAAAGCCCUUCGAUUUUGGAACUCUUUGAAGAGCAGAAAAAGCCCUUCGAUUUUGGAACUCUUUGAAGAGCAGAGACCAAAAUGGGUUUUAGUUUUGAAUUCGAUCCCCCCAGCGACGAAGAACUGGACCAUUCCGAAGCCGAAGAAGAAGAUGAAGAACAAGGUGUGGAAGAGGAGGAAGAUGAACCUAUUUCUCGCCGCCGCACUGAAUCUCCUUGGGAUUUUGCUUCCUACUCCGAGUCAGUCGCCGAAGAACAUGCUCGUCGAAGCACUACCUCCGUUGAUUACAAAAUCUCCAAACUUCUAGAGAAGCGCUCUGGAAGCUUCACUCCAGCCGCCAUUGCCGAUGAUUAUGAAAGUUCUGAAGCAGAAUCUGACAGACAAGAAGAUUAUAGACCGGAAGAUGACGAUGAUGGAAAUAGUCAUGUUGGUGAUAUUAAACCCUUUUUUUCACCUUCCGAUGGGGCGUCCUUUCAUGCAAAUUCGUUCAUGGAGCUCAAUUUGUCGCGCCCAUUGAUUCGGGCAUGCGAGGCUUUGGGAUAUGCAAAGCCGACACCAAUUCAGGCGGCUUGCAUACCGUUGGCAUUAACUGGACGUGAUAUAUGUGGAAGUGCAAUUACAGGUUCUGGAAAGACUGCAGCCUUCUCACUACCUACUUUGGAGAGGUUACUGUAUCGGCCAAAACGAGAUCGAGCAAUAAGAGUGCUAAUUCUAACUCCAGCUAGAGAAUUGGCUAUUCAAGUUCACAGUAUGAUAGAGAAACUUGCUCAGUUUACUGAUAUCAGAUGUUGCUUGAUCGUUGGUGGGCUUUCAAGAAAGGAGCAAGAAGCAGCCUUAAGAUCAAUGCCUGAUGUGGUUGUGGCCACUCCAGGACGUAUGAUUGAUCAUUUACGCAAUUCCAUGUCGGUAGAUUUGGAUGAUUUAGCAGUUUUAAUACUUGAUGAGGCAGAUCGUCUAUUGGAGCUUGGAUUUAGUGCUGAAAUUCGUGAACUGGUCCGUCUUUGUCCAAAAAGAAGGCAGACAAUGCUAUUUUCUGCUACCAUGACAGAAGAAGUUGAUGAGCUCAUCAAGCUUUCCUUGACCAAACCAUUGCGCCUCUCAGCUGACCCAGCUACCAAGAGGCCAAAAACAUUGACAGAGGAGGUCGUUAGAUUACGUAGAAUGCGUGAAGUGAAUCAGGAAGCGGUCCUUCUUGCUCUGUGCUCAAAGACAUUUACUUCUAAAGUUAUUAUAUUUAGUGGAACCAAACAGGCUGCUCAUAGGCUAAAGAUUUUAUUUGGAUUAGCUGGCUUUAAAGCUGCUGAGCUUCAUGGAAAUCUUACCCAAGUUCAGCGUCUCGAUGCCUUAGAACUCUUUAGGAAACAACAAGUUGAAUUUCUUAUUGCUACUGAUGUGGCUGCUCGGGGCCUGGAUAUUAUUGGUGUUCAAACUGUUAUAAACUUUGCAUGUCCUCGUGAUCUCACCAGCUAUGUUCAUCGAGUUGGUCGUACUGCAAGAGCUGGUCGAGAAGGAUAUGCUGUUACGUUUGUGACAGACAAUGACAGAUCUCUUUUGAAAGCCAUAGCUAAGAGAGCUGGUUCAAAGCUGAAGAGCAGAAUUGUUGCUGAGCAAUCAAUAAAAAAGUGGUCUGAAACAAUUGAGCGAAUGGAAGAGCAAGUUACUACGAUUCUACGGGAAGAGAGAGAAGAAAGAGCUCUAAGGAAAGCUGAGAUGGAAGCAACGAAGGCAGAGAACAUGAUUGUUCAUCAGGAAGAAAUUUUUUCACGCCCUAAAAAAACCUGGUUUAUAUCUGACAAGGAAAAAAAGCUUGUAGCGAAAGCAGCUAAGGCAUCUUUGGACAAAGGAAAGACUUCUGGGAAUGAGGUCUUAAGUGCUCAACAUGCUGAAGACCUUAGGAUGAAAGAAAAGAGGAAGCGCGAGUGUGAGAAAAAUUUGCCCAGGAAGAAGCGCAGGAGAUUGGAAGCAGCUAGAGAAAUGUUGGAGGAGGAGAAGCAAAAUGACAAAACAGGAGGUGGAGGAGAAAAUAAGAAAGAUAAAGCUGGAUUGUCACUUGUCAAACUUGCCUACCGUCGGGCAAAAGCAGUGAAGGCUGUGAAAAAGGCACUUGACUCGGGCAAGAUUGUGAAGAAUCAAAACCAAAAAACCAAACACUCUUCCCAUAAAACUGAAUCAAGAUCUGAAGAAAUGCGAGAGAUGUUCCAAAAUGACAUGAGCGAGCAGAAGCAGAAACGGCGUGGCGGUGGCGGAAAGAAAAAGUCUAAGCAUUCCUUCAAAAGCAAGUCAAGGUACAAGCGUAAAUAGAAACUUCAUCGGCAGUCGAGUGGCCUUGUGUUUGCUCGGGAGAGUGGAGGCAACACUCAGUUUGCAAUCUGCAUUCCCUACACCAGUUUUGAUGACAAGAUUAAGAUGGAUUCUCGACUCCAAAAUUUUGGUUGGCUGUAUCGUUUUUAUCCUCAAAGUUCAUUCAUUACUCUCAGUUGAGUUGUGAUGUGCUUUGAGAAUCAAAAUGUACCAUGAAACUUAAAAGCAAACCCUACUAACAUAAUUUUUUUUAGAAUGUACCAUCUCCAAAAUAACUAGAAUGAGUAUUAGUUUUCAUAAUUUUAUGGUAUCUUAGUUGAAGUUCAGCAUUCGGAUAGUGUGAAUUAUAUCUAUGCAAAAAAAAAAAAAAUGUAGUCAUAUGAUGUAUUAUUGAUAUUUUUGUCCUCUUUUUGAAUUGGAUGUGUAAAAGAAAUUAUUUGGUCGAAGACUCGAAGUCCAAUCUUGAGUUUAAGUGAGCAUUAAUAGUGUCCAUAUAGAUGUAAUUAUACAUUAUUUGUGGAGGAUUGAAUUGGCACUGAUCGCUCGAACGAGUACUGACCUCGA